AUGGCCGCCACACCGGACCCACUCCAGUCCUUCAAGUACAACACACUCACUCCAAUCGUUGGCCAACCAACGCGCAACAGCAUCAAAAUCCUCGAAAAGGAAAACCGCGACAAUGCACACAACAUCUACAGCACCCGUGGCACAGGCGGAGAAGGACACCUUCGACUCUGCUACACCACCCUAGCUGAGUACAAUGCACGCGACAUCAUGCUUGGCCGCCACUGGGUAGACCCCGUCCACCCAGGACCACGAGCCGACAUUCCACCAGGAGCCACAGCAGCACAGAUCGCCCAACGCAUCAGCGCCUACAAGUUCGACCUCAAAGAGUUCGAAACCUUCAAACAAACCGAACUGGCACUCCUCCACCAUGCCAUGGAAGCCAUCGAAGAAGUCUACUAUGCCGACAUGGAAGACCCCGACGAUGGCUACUCACAAGUCUCCUACAUCGACUUCAUUGUCUACCUGCGAGAAGAACAUGGAGAGCUCAGUGACGACGACCUUACCAAAAACAUGCAACGCAUGAACGUACCAUGGUCCCCAUCUGAACCAAUCCACAAGCUCUUCACGCAGAUCAACAAGGCCCGAGCCUUUGCCAGGAACAAUGACCCCAUCAGCGAAGCCGCUGCAAUCCGCUCGGCCGCAAUCAACCUCGAGAAGACAGGAGUCUUCCGCCUCGCCCUCCAGGAAUGGCGCCGCCGCCCUGCAGCUGAACGCGACUGGAGCACCUUCCAGCGCCACUUCAAAGCAGCCAACAAAGAACGAAUCCGCGACCCCAUUACCACUCAAGACGGAGGCUUCCACGACCAACACCGCGCAAACAAUGCCAACCAGAAACCCAACAACAACACGAAGAACCCAUACCAUGUCCGCGACAUGGAUGGCAACACCAUGGCCUACUGUUGGACACACGGAGUCCAAUGGGAUUUAUCCCACACCAGCCUGACCUGCCGCAACCGCCACCAUGACCACAACGAGAAAGCCACCCAGUUCAACAUGCUCGGAGGCCGUUGCAACGUGAAACGCAAGCCUGGUGAAGCAGCAAUCUUCAAGUUCCAGCCCAACAACGACAAAAACAAGGGCCGCAACAACCGUAACGCCAACAGCGCCACCAACGACGACAAUGCCACCAUCGGCACCAACACCACCGCCGGAGAGACCACCAACACCGGCAUGAGCACCCUCACGCCCUGA